GGCUACGAAUUAAAUCUGGUACGACUACGAGAUUUUUUCGGUUAAAUAUCUGCUGCUACAGACUUUCUAUCGCCCUUUCUUUUGCAUACCCUUUCUUUAUGGCCUCUUUAUAGCAACAGUUACGCCAAACCAUGUACUAUAUAUAAUACAGUAGACACCGCCUAUGAUAGAAACAUGACAGUCGAUACUAAAGUGACGAAAAACUGUAUAUUUCUACUUCCAAAGCAAAAUAUUUUGCACUGGCACUUCAGGUAAAGCGAAAAGUACAAGGUGUGUAUGAUUUCGCACAAAUAAACCGUAAACAAACAUCAAACUAUUAAACUAACUCACGGGAAGCUCUUAAUCAUAAUACUAUUUAUAUUAAAUGUUGCCAAUGUUUGUCUGAGUCUUCGCGGGGGGUCGAAUUUUCGUGACGUCAAUUGCGGACAACGCUAUUGAUACUGAUUUCAAAUGAUUAAAGCCAUGUAAUAAUUAUCCCAUGCAACUGUUAGGAAGGGCGAAAUUUUGAACGGAGGACGAAAAUCCUAAAGAAAAGGUGAAGUUUCUAAAGGGGGGCGAAUUUCCUAAAGGGGGGCGAAAUUCCUAGGAUUUUCGCCCCCCGGGGUGGGCGAUAUUCCUAGGAAUUUCGCCCCCCGGGGGGCGAAAAUGUAGGGGGGGCGAAAAUCCUGGGACACCGGACAAAUUAAGAAUAAGUGGAGCCCGCCAAGGUCUCGUAUGCCUUCCCGAAUUCAUGCGGCGAGUGGACCGAUUUUACACACCAAUGCAAGUCAUGCAAAGUCAUUCGCGCGCGCUUCUCUCACUUCCCAGUGCGCAUUUUCUUCCGCUUUCCUCAGAUUCCAAGUGCGCCCUUGAGCUUGAAAUAUUGCGCAAUAGCUUUUCAGAAGCGCGGUUGAUUUCGAAAGUGCGCGUUUCCGUUCGGAACAUUUCCAAAAUUUGCGCGUCCAUACGCGCGCAUUUCGUCCGACCAGACGCGCAUUUCGUCCGAAAUUGCGCACCCGAGAUCUCGGCUGCGCAAUACAAACUUUCCAGUCAGUCUGGAAUUGCAAGCCACUAGUAAUGAUCUGUUUGGACGAACUUGGGCCCACUGCCGAGUGCGUAGUUUGUCCUGACAAAUGAUCAGGAAAAUAUCAGGCAUGAUUUACUGAUCCAGAAGCAUAAUUCAGUUAAGAAUUCUUGUUGUAAAAAUUGCAGCCCAGCAUGCAGUUACAGGCGACGUCACGAUCGUGUGAUCAUGUCACGUUGAGAAAGUCAAUUUUUGUCCUAAAUUUAAAACGAAACAACAAGGUAUCACCUUACGAAGAAGUCGGAAAAUCGCGCAGAAACACUCGUAGACAAGUCAACAAUGUAUUUUUGCAAACCGCUGCUUAUAGCAUAUAUUCUCUCGAUUAGUUUGAGCGCAUUUAUGUUGUGUUCAGGUAAGAGCGCAGAAGAAUGGAAAUCUAGAAUAAUCUAUCCGCUUUUACCCGUCUGAUAAGGUACCCAGUACAAAAUGUACAGAUAUGCGUGGCUGGUGUGGUGGCACCUUCAAAGGUAGGUAGACACAUUUCAUAAUACUAGAAUCAUCCGUCUUAGUGCUGUAAAUACAAGAUGAAAUAUCCAAAUGAAUCGUGAUGUCCAGAAACAUACCAUCCAUACCAUAUUGGCAUCGGGUUGCUCAAAAAACCCAUCACUGCAUGCACUGUUUGUUUUGUAUGUAUAUCUAUUGUUGGAUAGCUCUCGAUCCGUAAGCUUGGAUCUUCAUCAGACAUCACUGGUAUUAAAUGAAAAGAAUUUACAUCGCCUUCUCACACAACUGCACUGUUAGCGCUCUGCUUUAGUGAAACCAAGUGACCAAUUCUAAAAUUGGUUACUACUUGGCAGGCAGAGGGUAAUUAUCUAAAGGGAAACGUUUAAACUCCUCCAUCCCUCCCUUAUCAAAAUAAGUUAAUUUACAUAUUUUUUCUCCCCAAAGCUGCCAGAUUGUGGUUUGCAGUUCAAUAAACACUGCUAGUUCUCAGGCCAUCUCGGUCAAUAUCAUUGACUAUAUGACUAUCAUUGGAUAUAUUCCGAGUGGCUGUAUCGAUGGUGAACACAGAUCCUAAAUGAAAUUGCACAAUGCGUGGUUUUUCCUCAGCAUCGAAAUCGUUUUUCUUUUCAAAGGUAUUCAAAACCAUCUUGAUUACAUCACAGACCUGGGUAUGAACGCUAUUUGGAUCUCUCCUGUGGUACUCAACACCGACAAGGGCUUUCAUGGUUACUGGGCUAAAAACCUUUACGAAAUAGAGCCACAUUUUGGAACAAAAGAAGAACUAAACGCCUUAGUAAAGGCCUGCCACGAACGCGGCGUUUGGGUGAUGGUUGAUGUCGUUGCAAAUCACAUGGGGUAUCCCCCUGGAGCUGAUUGGUCUACUCCAUGGGACUCGAAAUUAUUUGAUAACUUUUACCAAUACAUGUAUCCCUUUAAUAAGUCUGAAUAUUACCAUCCUAAUCACCCCUACAUAAAGUGGCCAGAAGAAUGCCAUGAUUAUAAGAAAAUCCAACAGUAUUGGUUGGCAAAUCUCGCAGAUUUGAAUCAAAGCCAUCAAUUCGUAAGAGAAACGCUUUUUCAUUGGAUUAAAUACCUCAUAACGGAAUACAAUUUCGACGGGUGCAGAAUAGACACUGUUAUACAAGUGCCCAAACUGUUUUGGAGCGAGUUUCAAAAAGCUGGCGACGUAUUCAUGCUAGGUGAAGCGAACAAUGGUCCUCCCCCUUGCGGAAGUUUAAAUUUUACCGCAAGUUUUCAAGGUCCUUUGAAUUCUGUGCUUGAUUUCCCCCUCUUCUGGACAAUGCGAUAUAUUUUCCAGGAAAAAAAGAAAGAUUUUACUGCGUUGAGUAAAUAUUUGAAAAAAUCAAGGAAACGUUAUUUGGAUAGGUAGGUUGGUAAUGUUAUAGGCAGGCAAUGAUCCGAUUGUAAUCGCACUGUAAAAAUUGGCCGGUCUAGCUGCCGGUCUGCGCGGGGAACAUGCAGAAUUUCUCAACUAAAUUUAUGUCCGCGCAUUUCCAUACAAAUCGUAAAAAUCCACAUAUUUUUGAUGAAUCAUGAAUGCGUUUAUUUAGUCUCAUGUGUGUUGAAAGGCAACUGUAUCCACAAGAACACAGUACUUUGCAUACUAUAAUCUAUAAGACUAUAUCAUGCAUGCAUACUAUAAUCUAAGUACUAUACUACUUGUAUUCAUUUUCAAAUGUUCUGCCUUCAUUUGAGCGCAACUGCAUGGGGGAAAUUCUCCCCGUGCAAUAAUAUAAAUUCACAUUCUGGCGCGGGCGAUAGGUCCGCUAUAGGAAAAUCAUCCUGAGUCACAAAAAUCAUCCUCGUAUAAAUAUUCUUUUUUUCUCAUUCUUGAGGUCUGUCACUGGAUGUUUCAUCGACAACCAUGACCACUACAGAUUUCUUUUUAAAAACCCAAGUUAUGUCUACGUGUUUAUGUCUCAAUGUAUUCCCAUACUUUACUAUGGAACAGAACAAGGAUUUAACGGCGGAGACGACCCGAACAAUCGAGAAUCGCUGUGGCCAUAUUUGAACCAAACUCACGAACUGUACACCUUUAUCAAACGUCUCCUCCAAAUUCGUAGAAGUCUUACCAGCAAGUGGUUAAAAACAGCUCAAAUUGAAAGAGAUGUCAGCUCUAAAAUGUAUUCGCUCUCUCGGGGUGGAAUUGUCAUGGUUAUAACAACAGAAUCCAAAACCAUCUCGACAGAGAUAAAGUCGCAUCCUUACAAAUCUGGUCAAGUGUUGCAAAACUUGCUUAAUACUAUGCAGGCAUUCAGUGUUUCAGCAACAGGAGAAUUGAAAGUUGUGCUAAAGGACGGUGAACCACUUAUUUUGGCGACCAACAGUGCUGGUGGUACAGAGUUGUGGCUUGGUUUUUCGUAUUUUAGCAUAAUUAUUGUUUCUUUAAUAUGUCAAUUAUGAGCUAGCUUUAACUGAGUUUCCUGUGUCUUGUACAUUCCUUAGUUUUGCUUGUAUGACUAUAUUAACAGGACAUUCAAAAAAAAUUUGUCAGCUAGUGGUAGAGAGAGGGGUGGCAUCCAGGAAUAGGGACAGGUGGUUUAGUGGUUAACUGGAAAAGCAUGAUGUUAUCAGUCUAUCCCCAGAAUGUCUUAUUAAAAGUUCACUGUUUUUAUUAAAAUGUAGAAUAUAGAGUUGCAGAGAAUUGUAAAAUAAAGAUAAAAACAUUCACUUGCUGUCCUUUCUGAUAAAAUGUUUUUGGCGAUUGUUUGCACUUUUGGUAAUUUUUGACGCAAUAUUUGGCAAAGCGACUGAAUAACAAGAUGGCCGAUAUUUCAAAGCUUCAAAAAGCAGCUUGUAAAGCGAUCGACGAUUCCGCAUCAGAGCUGAAUAAUUUAGCUCAAGAAAUAUGGAACCAUCCAGAGCAAAAUUUUCAGGAAAAAUUUGCGCAUCAUCUUUUAACAAAGUUUUUAAAAGAUAAAGGUUUUGCAGUCACGUCUGACAUUGGUGAUCUCAAAACUGCAUUCCGAGCUGUGUACAAUGGCGGUACAAAGGGGCCUACUGUUGGAAUAGUGUGCGAAUAUGAUGCUUUGCCAGAGAUAAAUCAUGCAUGUGGUCAUAAUCUGAUUGCAGAAGCUGGAAUUGCUGCUGCUUUGGGUGGGUAAUUUGUAUAUAUUGUAAAUUACACGCCAGGGUGCAUUCCGUGUAAAUCUCACGCCGAAGAUAAUCUGAGGUAGUGUUACCGUGCGCCAAGCAUUGAACUAUAAAUAAACUGGAAGGCUAACUGCUAUGAUGAAGGCCUAUGAUCUUAUGAAGCCAAAAUAGUUUUUCUGAGUUAUGAGCAGAAAUACUUGACCCCAAACGACGGGCUAUAUAUCAAAUUGAAGCUAUUGAAAAUUGCUAUUCGGUGUGGAAAUUUCAAGACUUCAGCGAAAAGAAAAAUAUUUAAAAAAUACAAAAACAACUGCAAAACGGCAAAUUAUCGGUAAUUAUGUUUGUAGUUUUUCAAUAUUUCCCUUUUAGCUAAAGUCUUGAAAUUUCUACACCAAAUAGCGUUUUUCAAUAGCUUCAAUUUGAUAUAUAGCCCAACGUUCAGUGUUGAGUAUAAUUUUCUGCUCAUAACUCAGAAAAACUAAAAUGCACUGGCUUCAAUUUCCCCCCCUGAGUUAGCCUUCCAGUUUAUUUAUAGUUCAAUGGCACCAAGUGAGGUCAACUUAUGCGCCAGCUGAUCGCGGGCACCAUGAUUUUUCAUUAAUAGUUAGUUGCUUAAAAUUAAAAUUUAAACUUGCUAAAAAGACGUGCAAUGCACUGAUGAAUAAAAUGUUUUUCUGUUGAGCAAUGAUGAGUGUUGUUACUGUUGUAUCACAAGUUAUAACCACCAUUUAGCUACUAUUACAACCAGAAACACAAAUUUCUCGAGUCCCUAAAUAAUUAUAGAGGCCAAUUACCAGGCGAUUAUUAAUACUCAAAGUCUCGCUUAAACAUUUGAUGCUGUGCCAACCACCAAAACUAAAAACUUGUGCACCAACCUCGACGUGAUUGUGCGCCAGCAAUUCAAAACUUACGCCGAAGAUCUUCCACAAAACGUGCAUGGAAUGCACUCUGGAUUACACGGAACAAUUUUUAGCAAGCCCCCCGAGGGCUUAUCAUAGGAAAUAUCAUAGGAAUCCUCACCUCCCUCCCAGGGGGGAAAUUUCCUAUGAUAUUUCCCCCAUGUUAAAGUCACCCCCGGCCCCUCUAAAUUUGAUGUACAUAAGACAAAUUACAAAGCUUGUAAAAUGAGAAAUAUUUUUGGUUUUCUCGAUGUUCUGUUUUAUAUUAUUUCAGGCAUAAAGGCUGCGAUUGAAGCAUCAAAUAACACUCUUGGCACUCUGGUUGUGUUGGGAACACCAGCAGAAGAAGGCGGUGGUGGAAAAAUAUUUAUGAUUGAAGAAGGAUCCUUUGAUGAUCUCGAUUUCUGCAUGAUGGUUCAUCCAACUGCUUUCGAUUCAGCCACGCCAUUGAUUCUUGGCUGUAAUGAUGUACUAAUCAAGUAUCAUGGUCAUUCUGCUCACGCUGCAGCAUUCCCCUGGGAAGGCGUGAACGCAUUAGAUGCUGCUGUUGCAUGUUACUCAUCUUUAAGCAUGUUACGACAGCAGAUGAAGCCGACAUGGAGGGUACAUGGUGUGUUUAAGGAUGGUGGUGUUAAACCAAACAUUAUUCCUGAAACAUCUGAGUUGAGGUAUUACUUCAGAGCUCCAAACAAUGACGACCUCAACGUUUUAUUAGAAAAAGCCAAAGGAUGCUGGGAAGGUGCUGCAAGUGCUACAGGUAAAUAGCCCAGUUCCAUUUUUGGUAAUACACCCUAUCGGUAAGUACGUCAAUUUGGCUAUAGAGCCUCAUUUUCAUGUACAGUAUGUGACAUUUGGGUUUAACUGUGUGAUAUUUAGGAAGGCCAAUCUAAAGUCUGGUUUAGCCUAUAAACAUUUUGUGAUCAAUAUUUUUAUGUAGGAUGCACUGUUGAAACAGAGCCUCGUGUGUUUGGUAAGAGUAAAUCAAAUUACUGUGCCAUGAAGCAUAACCAGGUAUUAGCCAAGCUAUACCAGAAACAUGCCGAAUCCUUGGGUGUGAAAUUUCUACCAGAAGGAGAAGCAGAAAACACAUUACUUGGUUCAACUGACAUGGCAAAUGUAUCACAAGUGAAGCCUUCCAUUCAUCCUGUAUUCACCAUCAAUUCCUCUGCGGUUAUACACACUCGCGAGUUCAACGAGGCCGCAGGCAAACCUGAAGCUCAACCGAAGACCUUGAUUGCUGGGAAGUCCAUGGCAAUGACAUCAAUUGAUGUACUAGGGGACUCAAAGCUGUUGAAUUCAGUAGUCACAGAAUUUAAGCAGAAAACUUGAACACAUUAAAUUAAUUAAAGAAAUAUUUUUCAAUUUUAUAUGGAUUAAUUUUUAUACAUGAUUAAUUAAUAGCAAAGUGAACACUCGGUUAUCCUUACUAGAAACCUACAUAUUCAAGUCACAAAAAAGGUUGAAAGAUACAUUGUGUGAAAUACGAUUAAUUUAGGAAUGAUAGAAAUUUAGAAUUUGUGUAAAAGCUGUCAAGUGGUAAAACUGCAGAAGGCUUUGGUGUGUGUUAACAAUCAAUUAAAUUAUUAUUUUUAAUGACAGGUAUGAUGCUUUGAAUUAUCCAUUAUAAUUGCACUACAGUAUAUAUGUAAAUGUUCAGCUAUUAAGCAGCACACUACAGUUAUGUAGAAAAAUCUGGUUUUAUUAACAAAACUGUUAAAUUAAACAACACUAAAGUUAACUACUGUAUACCAUUCUACUGCUAAUUACAUAUGUUUUAUUUGCCACAAUUGUUCUAAUUUAGAUUCCCUUUAAUUAAAAUAAUUCCAAGUCUACAUAUAAGUACUACCAUUUAAUUCCUAAAGCAGUGACAUUCUUUUCAACAGCAUGGUAGCUUGUAUGAAGAACCUCCUUGCAUUUCUCAGAAUUUUGACCACCAAGCCAUUCCUUGUAAAACCCUUGCACAUGCUCAUCUUCCUCUGGCCUGUAACACUUCAAUGAACUGUAAAGUUUAGCAACCCUUUCAAUCAACUCCUUGGACGACUCCUCGCCAGUGGGCCUGAUUUGACCUCCCCCGUUAACACAUCCAGACGGACACGCCAUCACCUCGACAAAAUGGUACGGACACUUGUUCCUCUUGAGUUUCUGCACUAGAUUUUGGAUAUUUCGAAAACCAUAUGCAAGGGCAAACUUAAGAACUGUUUUUCCUUCAUGUUCAAGCACAACUUCCUGAAAGUCUUUAUUCCGUAAAGUCUUAUAUGUCAGAUUUUCAACCUUCAUCCCAAAUAUUUCUUGUGCAGCAUAAUGAAAAACAUGCUCAAGGUAGCCCCCAGAGCCACUGCCACCGUGGUUUAGAAUUUCAUCAUCAUUACCCAUCCCGAAUAAAUCGUCUAAUUUAUGCGGAGCUAAGCUUGGAAAGUCAACUGCCUUUUCCUCAAACAUUUGUUCAACCUCAAGGGAGGUUAUAACACAAUCCACAUCCCUUGUUCGGUAAAGGUCGUCAUAAAAAUCUUCCCGAGAUGCUUCUAACUUCUUAUCAUAACAAGGCAUGACCGUGACGUGGUACACCUUAUCAGGUGAUUUCUCUGUGGUGCUCUCAAGAUACUGUUUCACUAGGCUACCCAUAACCUGUUGUGGUGAUUUGGUUGUGCUUAUGUAUGGCAGUAUAAACUCGCCAUGGGUUUUCUCGGCAUAACAUAUCCACCCGGGGCACGCCGAGGUGAACAAGGGAGCGACUUUAGUCUGGGUGUGGUUAUCUUGAUAUUUUUCAACAAACUCUUUCUGAAUUUCAAUUAAACUAAAAUUCCGUGCCGAGGUUGUAUCGAACACAUAAUGCACCCCUAAAUCUUUAAAAAACCUUGUAAGCUUUAAAGCUGUUUCCUUUAUACUCAAAUUAAAUUUUGCAGCUAUGGAUGCUCUAGAUUGGGGAGAAAUACUGACAACGAUUAACUUUUGGUCAAGUUCUGAGAACUUAGAGUUGUCUUCGAUGAUUUUGUACAAUUCAUGUUGGCUUUGCUGCGUGAUAAGCACACUUUCCGCUGAGGUAAUGCAGCCACUGCAUGCCAGGCAGUCAUUCAGAGUUAUUUUUGCUUUUUCUAAUUUUGUUUUAUUCCCGACGUUAUUCAGCUGAUAGUAGCUUCCAUCGUCUUCAAUCUGAAUUUUAGCGACUCCUCCUUCGCUUUUUUCUAUCUUCACGGGCUUAACGCAUUCUUGCGAAGGAGUAAUAAAAUCGUCUAAAUCUGUGAGUUGUAAAACUCCACUAAAUUUCGCCAUUUUGGUUUCUCAACUACCACUUCAUACAAAGUACAAUUCCUUUGUAAAAUGGUUUCGUCCUCUGGGUUUCGUCAAUGUGUGUAUUAAACUUGUAUAUUAAAUUUAAUUCAAUUUUUUUCAACAGAGUUUUACGAAUUAUGAAUAAAAAUUAAUACAAAUUGCACAAGUAUGGAAAAUCUUACUCUAGAAUAAAGCAAAUAUGUAAAACGUUUUAAUAAACACUUUAGUUUAUUAGCAUUCUUUAUUUGCCUUCCAUUUAUUCAAAAUUUCCUUUCUAAAUUUUCUUCACGUGGCAGCCACGUACCAGGAAAUUUCAAUUAAACAAUGAAAUGUAUUAACUUAUUGUCUGUGCCUUGCAUCAGAUCAUUGGUGAACCCCAAAAUUACACCAAAAAGAUCAUUGACUAAAGCCGCACAUAUUAUCAUGGAUAUUAAAGAAUUUGCUAAAAUAUCGGAUAGCCGUAUAGAUGAGUUAUCGCGAGAUUUAAAUGAACUUAGUCUGAAAAUCUGGAAUAAACCCGAGACUCAAUACCAAGAAACAUUCGCUCACAAAUUGUUGACGGAAACUUUGAAGAAGCAUGGUUUUGAUGUCACACCACAGUUUACACUGCCAACUGCCUUUCGUGCGUCAUAUGAACUGAAUGGUGAUGGUAAAGGUCGUAAAGGGCUGACUGCUGGAAUAAUUUGCGAGUAUGAUGCAUUGCCGGAAAUUGGCCACGCUUGCGGGCAUAACCUUAUUGCCGAGGCUGGAAUAGCUGCUGGUCUAGGUUUGUUGAACCCAUCAGUUAUCAUCCAACUAUUUGCCCUUCAUGAGUAAAGUUGUGUGGCAUAUUAGACAGAGUAAUAGUAACUGAUUAAUCAAUCUUCGUAUCUGAUUAAUUAGUAUCUGAUUAAUUAGUGUCUGAUUAAUUAGUAUCUGAUUACAAUCUUCAGUGUAUUGCAAGCUAGCUGAAUGCAUGCAUUGGGUGAUAAGACUUUCCCCUUCAUAAGACUUUCCCUUUCAGUGGCGGAAAACCACAACCCCCCCCCCCCACCUUUAUGGAAAAUUGAUGAAUUUUCGGAAAUUCUGACCUAAAAGAGGGCUAAAAACAGCCUUGUCGAGUGCAAAUAGGGGGGGGGGGGUUGUCAGAAAGUUUUGUCGGAAAUUUUGAAGUCUUUGCACCCCCACACACUGGAAAAAGUGAAUUUCCGCCACUGCAUUUGGCAAAUUAACCCAUUGAAGCGAGUAGCAACACUCUUCCCUUGAUGAGUUUGAGCAUUAGACAGAUUAUAAUUAUCUGGCAUUAAACAGAGUAAAAGAAUAAAGUAGGACACAAUGCCACUCAAAGGAUUUAGGGACCGGUCAUUAUUUAUGGUGGGGGGUGGCACCGAAGAGAAAAGGGUUGGGCAAACGAAAUUUUGAGUGAGUAAAAGGUUGGGUAAAUGAAAAAUAAAACAACUCAAGGGUUGGGUAAUAAAAGUUUAAUGUCAUUUCCAAAGCAUGACUCACUCAAAUAUUGGAGACUAAAAAGCAAUGUCAACAGUCAUAUGUCAAUAGAAUAUGUAAAUCAAUCAGAGUCAAUAUCUUGAUCAUUUUCCGAUUUGUUGGGAUCGAGACAAAUGGUGUCUCCAAAGAAAGUACAUGUGCAGACAAGAUGCAACCUUAUUUCACAAGCCGUUAUCAAACUCAUGUCACAGAAGUGGUAAAGGACAUGUGUGACAACUGAAUGGUAUUCGUUUGUAAAGUUUUUGGCCAGGGGUGGGUAUUUUUUUUUAAUAGAUAUUUGAGGUUGGGUAAUCAAAUUCUUGACUUUUUAAUGGUUGGGUCAGCAAAAUUUUUGCCACGAAAAACAUUUCUCUUCAGUGCCACCCCCCACCAUAAAUAAUGACCGGUCCCUUACUGUGAUUUAUUGGCCUAUUGUACAUAUAUUUAGCAAUGGCUGUAAGGCUAAAUGAUAUUUCAUUUCUCUUAUAAUCUAGGUGUUCAAGCAGCAUUAAAAGCUGCACCCACUUCUGAUCUUGGUCGAGUCAUUGUGUAUGGCACCCCGGCUGAAGAAGGGGGUGGUGGCAAAGUCAAAAUGAUAAAUAACGACUGUUUCAACGAGGUUGAUUUCAUCAUGAUGGUCCACCCAAAUCCUUACGAUGCUGCUUUUCCAACAUACAUUGCAUGUGCAACAGCGACAGUCAUUUUCAAGGGCCACUCUGCUCAUGCCUCUGGUGGCCCAUGGGAAGGUGUGAAUGCACUCGAUGCAGCUGUUAUGGCUUACAAUGGUAUUAGCACGAUGCGGCAACAGAUGAAACCAUCAUGGAGAGCCCAUGGGAUAAUUGCCGAGGGUGGAACAGCAUUUAAUGUCAUUCCAGCAAGAACUAGACUUGUGUGUGGUGUUCGGGCACCAACAGUACCGGAGCUCAAGAUUUUGAAAAAGAAAAUACACUCUGUGUUUGAAGCUGCAGCCCUUGCUACAGGUGGAUAAAUAUAGGGAUAAAUAUAGUUCUAGGCUGCACACUAAAGGAGCAGUCUUAUCAUAAUUAUGUAUGAUAUGCUAGCCUUGAAAUAACCGGGUUAUGCCAUCUGGUAUUAGACAAGAAAGAUAAGAAAGUAGGGUACAUUAAGUUGCAAAUUGGCUAAAUUAAUUAUUCAAUUUAUUUUUUUCUAGGAUGUGAAGUGGAAAUAAACUGGAGCAAACUGCCAUAUAAAAACCUGGUCACAAACUCAAUUCUAGCUGAUAUAUACCAAAAAAAUGCAGCAGAGUUGGGAGUGCCUUACUUACCUCACCAUGAGCAAGUAGCCAAGCAUGGGGGAUCCACUGAUAUGGGCAAUGUCUCCCAAGUUAAACCUGCAAUACACCCGAGAUAUUAUGUGUGCGAUGAGAUCACACAUUCACCUGAAUUCCAAGUUGAAGCAGGCACAGAGAAAGCCCACCGUUAUACGCUGAUAGCCGCCAAGUCAAUGGCGAGGACAUGUUUACAUGUCAUGUGUAAUCAAGAAUUAAUGAAGGACAUUAAUUCAGAGUUUACCAAAAGUGUGAAAGAGCAAGGGGGGGAAUUGGAUGAUUAA